CAAAUAAACGAAACGUUGUGCAAUACGACGCAGUGCGAAAUAUUUCUAAAUUUUUACUAAAUAUCUUGAUUUUAGACUGUAGAAUGUGUUGAAUUUCAUUUGGCUGUGAUUGAAAUUCUUAUAAAUUGUCUACGCAACUCUUCUGAAGCUAUAAUUUAAUUACAUAUCUGAAAAUACGCAAAGUCAGGAUGGCCGUAAAAAAGUGUUGUAUAGAAACUUGUAAGUCACGUUCAACACGGAAGGAAGAUGUUGGUGUAACCUACCACAAGUUCCCUAAAGAAGUUACAUUACGUGGCUUGUGGUCGGACGUGACACGGCACACUUGUAAGGAUGCUAUAGAGUUUGUCUGCUCGAGACAUUUUUGUAAAAGUGACUUCCAAUUGUACAAGGACUGUAAAUACAUAUUGAAGUCAGAUGCUAUACCAUCAAUUUUUUCUUGGACCAUGGCUGACACAAGUGAAAUAAAACCGGCGACAACAGAAGUUGCAGAAGACGUGGAAAAUGGAAAUAAUGAUAGUGGCGACAAAGCUGAUGAAAACCUGAACAGUAAAGAGACAGAAAGUGAAAAUGUAGAUGCUAUCAAAAAGUUCAUUGAAGAACAAGAGAGAGAAAUAGCCAGCAAAUCUGGCACUGCAACACCUUGUGCUGAUGACAAUGAUCCAGAAAAAGAAGCACCUCCAACCAAAGGCGCAGACAUAUUAAAUAUUACUGAUGGUGAUAAAGAAGCUGUAAAAGAUGCAGAAGGAGAUACAAUAGAGGACAAAAAUGAGAAAGAGUUGCAAGAAGAGACAUUGGCAGUUGCUUCAAGUGUCAUGGAUAUGAUUUUAAGCGAGUCUGAAGCUAAAAUUGCUGAAAAGAAAAAUGUGAAGCCAUUGACGAAACGUAAUUUAGAAACAGUAGAUAAGGGUAACAACAGUAUGGCGUUAUCAGUAGGUUCGAAGGUAGAGGCGAAGGAUUUCACAGAGUUGUGGCAUACGGCGCAGAUAACGGAGGUGGAUUACGAUGAGAUGGAGGUGUUGGUGCACUAUGACGAUGCAACCAAGAGACACGACGAGUGGAUUAGUGUGAGUAGUCCUCGAUUACGACCAAUGGGUAGCGCACCGCCGCCGGAGCCGAUCCCAGAGCCACCCGUCAGUUUAAACCCAGUGGUCGAGAUCACACCUCUACCAGCUAUGAUCAAAGACGAACCUAAAGUGGAAGAUAAGCCGAAGCUAACGUAUGCAGUAGGAGAGAGGUGUCUCGCUAGAUGGAGGGAUAAUAGGAGAUUUAUUGCUACCAUUAAUCAGGAUUUGGGGAAUGGUAAAUAUGAAAUAAUAUUCGAUGACGGAGUGCGAUGGACUUGCCACGUGAAUAGGAUCCACAAAUUCAAGGAAAGUUCUGGAGUAUUGAAUAUUGACACGACAGGGUUGCCUAACACUAGUUCCACACCGUCUCCUGUCUACGGUCCCGGCCCUAGCAAUGCUGACACACCUAAAUCACUCCCGGUCUUUAACACCCAUCUCUUUGACCCCACUCGUGACUAUUUAGGUUCUAAAAGCGAAAGGCGUGAAAUGAAACGCAAGUUAAACAUAAAGGAAAUAUUCAAUAUAGGGCAGAAGAAAAAAAAGAUUAUCACGCCGAGAGUGAAGACGCCACGAGAGAGGAUGCCGAAGAUUGUAAAGGAAAAGAAGGCAAGGGUAAUGAAGACGAAGGUGAAGAUAGGUACGAGCGCAACAGCAUCAAAGAAAGAUAUACCUGAUGCAGUGGCGUCAAUAAUAGGCACAGUUACCAAAGAGGCAUGCGCCGAAGAAACGAAGGAUAUUAAACCCGAAGUAGAGAAGGAGAGAGAGAAUGAAGCGCUAGUUGAAACUGAAGAUCUUAAGGUGGAUCUUGAUGAUACCCUUGAUUUGGCUAACAGUGAGACUUUGAGCGCUCCAGAGUCACAAGACAUGAAACAUGAAGAUGACCCUGCAUUAGAUGAAGAAGUGAGACUUGUGAAGUUCGAGAAACAAGACGAUGACAAACACGAGGAGGUUAUUGACAGGAUUAAGGAAGCAAUUAACAAACUCGAAGACGGAUUGAACCAAGAGGUCAAAGUAGAAGUUAAAGAAGCAAAAUCCGAGGUGAAACCUGAAAUAAAAUUAGAAGUGAAACCCGAAGUAAAAGAAGUCGUAGAAGAGACUGUAGACCCUCAACCAGGAGUAAGUGGCACUCCAAAAGAAAAGAAGAAGAGUCUGUCAAAGAUAAAGAAGGCUAAAAAGGUGAGGUUGUUACAGGAAAAGAAAGUUAAGAAACAGGUGGAAAUGGUGAAGGGUGAGUUGGAAGAGAUGAAGAAGCAAGUUGCAGAGUUGAGGAAGAAGAUGAACGAGGAUUUGAUGAAGAAACAGAAAUUGGAGCAGCAGGAACUUCAGCCGGGCGAGUGGUGCUGCCGGUGGUUGAAUGGGCAGCCUGUGGGCACUGUCAGCGAGGUCGAACAUGACGUCAAGGUCGACGCCAGUAACAGGCCCGCGCUGCCAAGGCGAAGCGUUCAGGUUGAAGACACCAGACUGCCUCCUGGAUGGACAAAGCACUUUGUACGCAGGAGUCUUGGCCAUUCUGCUGGAAAGUGGGAUGUUGUUUUGAUGAACCCAGACAAUCGGCGUAUCCACACCAAGACUGAAAUGCGUCAUUACCUUGAGCAUCACCCGGAUGAGUCUCUGAAAGAUUAUGAGAGCGUGCUUUUGGACUUUGGCAUCCAUUUGAAGCUAUCCAGACGUAUGGGUUGGUGCACGACUACACCCGAUGGCGAACAGGAACCACCGGUAGCACCAUUGCCAACUGGGCUUCUAAGCACGACGUCGCCAUUACUGAGGAGAAAGUCUAAGCUAAGCUUGAAGAAAUCCAGGAAGGAACGCAAGCAGAAACUCAAGAUCAAGAUGAACCUGCCGCAGCAAGAGAAUGUGAUUCCUGCUGUGGACGAUGCUGUGGCGGGACCUAGCGGAGAGAUACCCGUGGGUGCCCCGACAGAUGCUUCUGUCGACGUGCCACCUGAAAAUUUACCGCUGGAAGAUGGAUGCGUGUACGUCGGAUCUUUGAAGGUUCAAAUAAUAGAGAAUUUGCUACGCUGCCCUGCCGAGGGUUGCUUCAAGAACUUCCGUAACAACACGUUGUUGAAGAUGCACAUUAAGCAUUACCACCGCGAACUGAGAAAGAUGCUGGGAGCUACUCCAAAAGUGCUCGACUUGGCGUAUGCUAGAACGAGACCAAGCGAUGUCGAAAUGAGGAGAUUGAAACUCGAAGCUGAACAGAAAACUAUCAAAGUAAAAUUACCAAAGCUACCGAAGCGCAUAACCGAACCGAAGCCAGAAGUUAAAGAAGCUCCAUCCCAGCCGAAACCUGAAAUAGCUACACCAGUGAAACUCGAAGAGAAGAUACCACGCUCACUAGACUCUCCCAAACUCAGGAUCGCGUUGAGUAAUAAAUCGGUUAAGCGACCGAAGGUUCUUCUCCCAGUAAGGCGACCAGACCCGGUGGAAACUAUACCAGAGUUACAGAAAGACGAAAGCGAUGCUGAAGAGAAGCUCUUAGAACACAAAGAAGAAAUUUCCAAAACAGAAGAGUUGGACUUCGAAGCAGCAAUUUCAACGCAUACGGUGACGAAACCAUAUGGGGAAGUGAAACGCAAGAGUGAUAAGAAGAAGAAAACAUUUGCCAGUAUCUCGAAGAAGCCUGCAAGUGAGGAUGAAGAAUGGUUCGCGUUGAAUAAUUCCGAUGUGGAGACUCGGUCGAGUUACCCCAGAUCGGGCACUCCAGAUUCCAAGUUGGAUCAGAAACUGGUGUCGUCAGAGUCCAAUGAGGAACCAAAAGAACCCAACUACAUGUACACAGAGACGGGCGAGCGUAUAAAGAUAGUGCACAUGAAGCGCGAGGAGAUCAUCAACUGCCACUGCGGGUUCCGCGAGGAGGAUGGGCUCAUGGUGCAGUGCGAGCUCUGCCUCUGCUGGCAGCACGGACUCUGCCACAACAUACAUAAGGAGUCUGAUGUACCAGAGAAGUACACUUGCAGCAUCUGCCUGAACCCGCGCCGGGGGCGGCGCUCCCAGCGGUUCCUCCACGACCAGGACCGCUUGUACGAAGGUCUGCUACCGGGGGCGAAGCCCUGCGAGUCCUUGCGGCGCUCCCACGAGCUUUCAGGGAAUCUGCACCGCAUUGAAGACGCGCUCCAUGCGUUACGCGUCAAGUACUAUGUUGCUACUAAGAAAGACCAUCCAAAACUCUACCUGUGGGCUAAAGACUGGGAGACGAGUGAGCUGGUGAUGACUCAGGAGCGCCUCAACUCGGAUUAUUCGGACCUGAGCAUCAUGAUCAGCAGUGUCGGCAAGGAGAACCUGCCUGUCAGGACGGAGGAUGUGCCCAUGGAUAUCCGCACACCACCCUCUGAGGAGCCUGAUGCAGACAGGUUCUCCCAAAAGGACAGUCAGUUGGGCUCGCAGUCGCUGCUAAGCGGUCUUCUGUCCAGUCCCGGAGGCGCGUCUCUGGAUCUGCCCAUCAGUACUACAGAGUUGGAGCGCUUGGCUAAAACCGUGCAAGCGGAACAGGAAGCCCAGCGGGUGACCGCUCCGCAGCCAGAGGCCGCCAUAGAGAACAGCGCGUGUCGCGAGCGGCUGCUGCGCCACAUCCAGCGCUGCCAGGCGCUCAUUGACGCCCGGCUCGACUCCAUCGAGGCGCAGGUUGCUGAAUUGGAAUCGCAAGAUCCGUCAUUCGAGGACGACGAGACGGCAGACUACUUCCCGCGCACCAAGCAGACCAUACAGAUGUUGAUGCGGGACCUAGAUACCAUGGAGGAGCUCGGCGUCAUCACAUAAACAUGACCUCACAGUUACAUUAUACACAUAAACGUUCUAUACACGGUGUUAGUGGCAACGUAACGAAUAUUGAGGGGCAUGAUUCGGAGUUGAUAUCAAGUUGAAUUUUCCGUCGUUACACUUACACCCUGUACAAGUAUGCACGGGUAGCCAUACAAGUGCGUAUGGGUGAUAGUGAUAUCGUAACAAAUAGUAAGGGGGGUGAUUCAGCUCAUUCCGAGUUGAUAUACAGUGGAAUUUCCUGUCGGAAAUUUCAUGAAUAUUAUAGUGGUUUAUAAAAUUUGUCAUUUCCAUACUUUUGCGACGGAAAAUUCCACUUGAUAACUACUCAAAAUAAUGGUCUGAAUCAUCCCUCAGUUUUCGUUACGAUGUCACUAACACCCGAUAUACUUCUAAUGGGACCCAGCAGUAGCUAGGCACAGAAUUACCCUGGUGAACGGGUAUAAACAUGAAAGGAGUCUCUUCAUACUCACUACAGUUGAUAUAUUAUUGACGCCUCUCGGAGUAAACUCAUUCAAAACAAAACACACUCACAGUAGCAAAAUAAUCGUGCACUAAAAUUCAAAAACCACGUUAUUGUAUGUCGCUAUUUAUCUGUGCUUAGCCACUUACACAGUUUCAUAAAUAAGCCACAUUAAUAAAGGCCAUAGUGGCAUAUUAAUGCCUAUUAUAUUGACAGUACGAUUUUGAAGUCUCGCCAGCCGCUCAUCGAUACGAUUUCUACUUAAUUUUUGAGCCACAAGAAUGCUUCCAUGUUUAUUUCUGUUCACUGGCUUUCCUUGAAUCAACCGCUGCCGUAUGCAGCAUACUUCAGGUUGCAGUUACUCUUUUAUAAUGUAUGUUAUGUCAUCUGUUGGUGUUAAAGUACGCCAGACACGCACCAAAGCGGGCACGGCUACGUUCACGCUAUUAUAUUUCCCGUAUGACGUAUACAAGAUUUUAUCGAGCAAUGGCAAUAUAAAACCUUACUGUUCACAGCGGGAAUAUCUCGUGUUCAUAUUCAUUCAUUUAUUGCAAAAUAUAAUAUUCGAGAUAUAUUGCUUCUCGCCCGUCCGGAGUACGUGAAAAUUCGAAUGGAUUAGUCGCCGUGUGAACGUAGCCGAUGGGUUAUAAGUUGUAAACAACCAGUUAGAUUUAAUUCCUAAUGAUAAUAAAAAUCUGUUCUCGAUACGUGACUAUCCUUUGGUGGAUAUUGAAUUGUAACCAAUGUUUUUUGUCUACGUUAACCUAUCGCUGUUCUAUACAUCUGGACAUUUAUGGGUUUCCCCACCAUUGCUGUAUUGAUGUGAGUAAAUGUUUUAAAGUGAAAAUAGAUUAAGAUAUUUUAAGUCAAGUACUUAGUUGUAUUACUUCUUAGGGUUGAACUAUAUCUGGCAGCACGCUAUCGCAUGCUUACACGCGUGAUUGCAUGCUAUAGCAUGCUUACGUAUACGAUCGCACGCUGUCGCCUCGUCAAUUCUGUCGCUUUCUUUCACUCUAGCAAACGGCAGUUUUGAACUAAUAGAAAAGGAUAAACUAUAAGAAAGAUGCGGUGCUGCCAGAUGUAGUUCAACCUUUAUUCUACUAAAAUAAAUUUCACAAUAAUAUAAUGUGAUGAAGCUUUCAAAAAGCCAAUUUAGUGAACCUACUUAUAAUCGUUUAGAACAGCAUUUUAAUAAACUGUCAGUUACACAAUGUGUAGUUUUAUGAUCUCAUUCUGAAUGUAUUUUUAAAUAAGUGAUUUCAAAUAUUUGUGUGAACGUUAAUGCACUUAAAUAGCUGAGAGAAUAGGAUUAGGUUUAUCCAUGUUUACCAAAAUAUAUGUACAGUCUACAGUCAAA